UUGUGGGAUAGAGUGAGUCAAUAAAAUGACAGUGAGUAAUUAACUGAAUCUCACAUUGUACCAGCGAUCUUCAUUUAAUUUCCAAUCAUAGAAAAACAAGAUCUCAUUCCCAAAAUGAAAUGCUAAAGAUCUAAUCCCAAAAUACAAAUACACAGAUUUGCACGAUUUGUAUACAGAAGAAUCAGAACAUGGGGUGCACAUUUUCUGGUCUGAAUGCGCUAUACGACGCCGUAAAUGGCGGAGGAGACGUCUGGAUCAACGAAAACCGGUUCAGGAUCGUCAGACAGCUAGGUGAAGGCGGUUUCGCUUACGUUUAUUUAGUUAAAGAGGUCACCACCGACACCUCCGCUGCUUCUGCCGCUGCUGGCGGUGGUCUCGCUAAGAAAGUCAAGGACACUUCACAUCUCUCCGAUGAUGGAACAUAUGCAAUGAAGAAAGUGUUGAUACAGAGUAAUGAGCAAUUGGAGUUGGUUAGAGAAGAGAUUAGGGUUUCGUCUUUGUUUAGUCAUCCUAAUUUGCUUCCCCUUCUUGAUCACGCUAUUAUUGCUGUUAAGGCUAGUCAAGAGACCUCUUGGAAUCAUGAAGCAUACUUGUUAUUUCCAGUUCAUUUGGAUGGAACCCUACUGGACAAUUCCAAUGCUAUGAAAGCUAAGAAGGAGUUCUUUUCUACUUCAGAGAUUCUUCAAAUUUUUCGGCAGCUCUGUGCUGGACUGAAACAUAUGCACAGUCUUGAUCCUCCUUAUGCACAUAAUGAUGUCAAACCCGGUAAUAUACUUCUAACACGUAGGAAAGGACAACCACCUGUAGCAAUAUUAAUGGAUUUUGGUAGCGCUCGACCUGCAAGGAAGCAAAUCCGUUCUCGUUCAGAGGCGCUACAAUUGCAGGAGUGGGCAUCUGAACAUUGUUCGGCACCCUUUAGAGCUCCUGAGUUCUGGGAUUGCCCAAGCCAUGCAGACAUUGAUGAGAGAACUGACAUUUGGUCAUUAGGAUGCACGCUAUAUGCAAUAAUGUAUGGAGUUUCUCCAUUUGAGUAUGCACUUGGAGACACUGGGGGAAGCUUACAGCUAGCCAUUGUAAAUGCACAAAUAAAAUGGCCUGCAGGACCUAAGCCUCCAUAUCCAGAUGCUUUGCAUCAGUUUGUGAGCUGGAUGCUUCAGCCACAGGCAGCAGUUCGCCCUUGCAUCGAUGAUAUCAUAAUUCAUGUCGAAAAGUUAGUAACGAAGUUUUCCAAUUGAGACAAUAUGGAUUAAAGCAUUGGCCAUAAAAUUCAGCAAGUCGGGUUGCACUUGAAUGAGUAAAAGAAAAGACAAGUUUUAGUUAAAAGGAGGUACGAGGAAAUGAUUUUGCUUUUUCUUGGAGUAGUUUUGGCAGUGGUGUGGUACUUAAUGUUAGUGUAAUAUUGUCAUAGCUAUUUAAUUUUUACCUUCUGUAAUUUAUUAAAACGUAUUAGACGGAGACCUCGAAAAUUCAAUUGCUUUUUUGAACCAUAAUAAUUAAUUAUACUUGCCAA